GUUGACAUUAAACAGUAGAUAUCAUUCACACAUCUCAUCGUAAGAAAUGAAGGAUGUUACCUGUUUGGCUCGAGCUGCCCCUUGACCCCGGGGAGGGGGGUUCCGACUGCGACUCAUGGACUCUCACCAGCUACAAGUGAACCAGGAAACAAGGAAAUGAAUUAAAGCCAAUGGAGGGUAAACUACAGUAGAGACGAGAUAAGCUUCGAGUUACACAGUUUGUUACAAUCAGUCCCAUUUCUGACAUUUUGUGUCGCAAUUCAAACAGCUUUAAGUGCUUUGUAUCGAGUUAGCGCCUCUGCUCGUGUCAGCGAACAGCUCCAACACAGUUCUCGUGGCUUAUGAGUGCACAGACACGACCUGGUCCGCUCCACGCACCGUGGAGUGUUGCAGCGGGGUCGAGUCGGUUGUUCUGCUCCAGAACUGCUCAGAAAUAAGAGCUGAACGCGUAGAUAGACGUCGGUGGACCGGUGUAUACUCCAAUGUUCGCUGCGAGCUGUCAAAACAAACACGGCGAGCUGUGGAAUUCACUUCCUAUAUUCCGUCUCCAUUGGCAACGCACGUCACGCUUUACGGCUAGACGACACCCACUCCCGCCACUGCCGUAAACCCCGACGUGACGCUGCGCCUCUGAGGUUCAGGAAGAGGAGAUGGCCAAAGGGAAAGAGAAGACUAACAGCAGUGGCAGCAGAGCUCAAUUAAGGUCAAGGAAGCGGGACCGAUCAAGAGAUGAAAUCCCUCAGACUGAUGAUGUCCAGGCUUCUCUUAAACAACAGAACACAAAAGAAGACAGUACAUCGGUCGUUGCUACACCACAGCUUCCUCAGUGCCUUCUGCAGGUAUGUGCCAUGAUUACACAUCCACAGGAUCAGGCAGCCGAACAGCCCUGUCUCGCCAAACAAGAUGAAUCCAAAGAGGAUCAACUUUCAGAAAAACCAAAUACGUGCUUGAAAGAUGUGACGGUUAAAACUUUUGAAGGGCAACAAGAGUCUACUGUCACCACUGCUUCUGAGCUGGAAGGCUGUAUGGUCCAUUCUAAUAAUGAUACCAACAAGAGUGGAAUAGAGGAAGAAUCUCCACAGGACAGUAUCAGACCUCCAUCUCCAACAGGCUCUGAUCAACCCCAGGUCUUCUCGCCUACCUCGGAAGAGGGGGAUGGAUCCGGUGCAGCUACUCUGGAGAAGCAACUGGAUUCCAAGGAAACCUCUCAGAGUGAUCUAGAGAAAAACCACGAAACCAGCCAAGAAGAUACAUGCACCUUGUCCAUGGCUGAUGUCAAGGAAAUCACAAAAGAGGCAGCGGUGGGAUUACGAACCAAAAAAAAGCGACGGAUGGGCAUGUGUGGCCUGACAGAGAAGGAGCGAAGUCAUUUUUUACUGGCACAGAAGCGUGAAACUGAGCAGAGCGGAGUGGAGGAAGUUGAGAGACAGAUUUGUAGUAAUGCAGCUGACCCUGUGGCUCAAGAAAGGAUUAUAUCUUCACUCUUUGUUCAAUCCUCACUUCUCUCCAUCCCUGUCGAUGGUAUCGCAGAGCAGAACCCAGCAGAGACACUGAAGUCCAGUCGCUGUGGAGUGAACAACAGGGCAGAGACUGAAGUCCAUGUCGUUGUCACAACCUCAGAUGGGUCCAGUCCUGUGUGUGACCCUGGCAGCUGGGAGGUAAAGAACUGUGAAGCUGAGAGAGGCACAGAGCCUGGUCCAGAACAAACUGGUGAGCCAGAGUCAUGUCCAAUCACACAAGACAACAUGUUGGAGCAUUUGGUGAACCAGGAGAAGCAGGAACUCGAGAACGGUAAAACUGUGGUUACGACCGAAACACCUGAGAAGCAAACUACAGAUGGAGAAGAUAAGUCGACAGAGGCCGGUGGUUGUGCUGCCAUGGGUUCUUACAUUAAUCCAGCUGAAAAUGAGGAAAGUGAGAAAAAGGAGGCGACUGCGGGUCUUCGGGUACAAAGAGAGACUGAAACAAGUGAUGAGGAAGAGAUGAUGGUUGAUGGCAGUGAUGGAAGCGAAGUAGAGGGAAUCUCAUCCACCAUCACUGGUCCUGGAGGGUUUAACUGUGGUUCUGUGGAGCUCAGUGAAGCUGCAGUGACACCUCCUGGCAGGAAAGACAGUCAUGAUCUUAAAUAUGAACUUGCUCCACCUACUGUAACCACUGGCCACACUUGGACCAGGGACCCCACUGAAGUGUUUGCAUCUGGAGGCUUAGAUUACGUGUCGGACUCGCAGCUCAACACUAUUGAUCUAAUUGACGAGGAGGUGAAGGAGAGGGAGAAGACCUUUGGUUUCUCAGACAAUCCUGGAGACGCCACAGACCUGAUCUGUGGACUAAUCAGGGAACUCUCCUCUCUAAAUCAGAAGGUCAUGGCCACACAUCGGGAGCUGGAGAACCUACAGCGUGGCAGUAAAGCUUCGAAAAGCUCCCUGCAUUAAGGACUUCAAUGAGGUACCUGAGCUUAGCCCCAGUGGUUCAUGGGCAAUGAAGGAACUUGUGCCCUGCUACAAUCCUUUCAGAUUUCCUUCUCACUGGCAGCUGGAAUGUUAAGUUUAUUGGCUGCAAUGUUCUGGUUCUCCCCAAAUAAAG